UACGAGGUUGUCUCCAGUCUCGUACCAACGAGUCUCUAGUGUCCACCAUUCGAAAAUUCAUCCUGAACAAAGAAAAGGUUUUAAUUUGAGUCAAUUGAUUUGGGAUUUCCAUCUCGCCAUGAAGUUGAUUUAUUCUUGUCUCGCGGUUCUGCUGAUGCACGGGGUGAAUGGAGCAAUCACCAGGAAGCAGCCGCAGUAUUCAAAACCAAUUUAUUCAAACUCGUACUUGCCAGCUGCAAUGCAGGUGAUCUUCUACGCGGUAGAUCAGAUAAGAAGUUUUCCACCGGAAGGGGGUGAAUUGGGGCCGUCGACGUCCCUUCCACCGACGAGUCCACAUGCUCCAGGACAGCACCAGCCCACGACGACGUCCCCAACGCCAAAUCCAGUUGUCCUUCUCCUUACACAAACCCAGAAGCCCCUGCUACAGGCAGUAAUCGAAGAACAAUCUCCCAUUAUCACCCAAAGUACUCCAACGAUCGAGCAGAAGCCGGAAUUGAGCGAGGAAACCCCGGAGGCUGUUUAUGGCACUCCAGAAACCAACCACGAGACACGAGAGGCCUCCCAGGAAGUCCAGGAGGCCAACCAAGAAGAAUCAGUUACUCCAGAGCCUCAGGACCUGCCGACGAACCCCAGUAGUGGAAUUGAUGGCUUUGGCAAUUCUCCAGGAUUCACUGGUGAUUCGAAAAUAACAACGAAAACCCCAAAUGUUUCCACUGAUUCAACGAAACUCCAAAAUAAAGAGGGUAAUUGGAGGAUAGAACCCACUAUUGACAGUGUAGUCCAGGAAAUUUAUGGAAUCGUUAAGAAAAACAAGAGCAAAAAAGCUGGGGAGGGGUUGAAGGAAUCACAGGAAUUCCACGAAGGGAGAAGCAGUGAUGAUGGCAGUAGAGAUGGCAAUGGAGAGAAUAAGGAGAACGAGGAAGAUGAGGAAGACGAGAACGACGAGAAUAGAUUUACGAUGCUUGGCGAAAAGGUUGCCCAAGUGCCUAGACCGAGUCUAUUAGCAUACCUCAAACGAGCAAGGAUAACUCUACGCUGCUCCCUGGAGCAAUUAGCAAUCCUGUAUGAUGCAUUGAGUAAGGAUGCACGAAGGCAGGGCUUCGUUAAGUUCUCUGGUUACACUGACGAGGUUCUGGGUACCCUUGAGACCAGUGCCGAGGGGGGAAUUGGUCCACAACUUCAGCGACUAUUGGAGAAAAUCGUGGAGCGUAAGGAAGUCACCAGGGAUGAUACUAAAGCAAAGAUAGUUGAGGCACUCAAGGAUCUCAAGGAGCCUGCAAGCAACUUGAAUAGAGAUCUCCGACGUCUUCUCCCCUUAAAGUUCAAAAUAUGAUUUCUCUAUUGUUCUGGUUUAUGCAUUUCAAUUUAUCACACGUAUUUUCGUAUUUUUCGUUGACAAUAAAUUCAUUUGAUGAAUAA